UAAAGGUCAGUAUGAUUUUAGCCCAAUCCAAAGUCGUCCUGGCCACCACAAUUUUACACGACACGCCUCAAUAGAAAGCCAUUCGAGAAGCCUCUGCCAUACAAAUUGUUAGCGCAUUCCUCUGAUUUCCGAAGCCCUUUUCUCCGUUUCAAUCUUCAUCGUUUGGUUUCGUAGAUGAAUCUUUGCAGUUUCCGGUGCAGAAACAGUACAGGUGUGCGAAUUUUUGUUGAUAGACCUUUGCAAAUUCGUUGACGGCUCAAAUUGAAUAUAUGCUGCAACCCUGACCAAAAUGAACCUGGGUUUUCUUGGUAAUCUCCCUUGGUUUAGGGCCCAAUCAAACAGCGAUUUGGAAUUGGAACCAAGUCUUAAACCAACAACUGCCCUUUUCGAGCAACCUAACCAAAAGGGUGGUUUUGAUGUCAAGUUGUUGGGAUUGUCCCUUCUUUCCUUUGUUCCAUGGCUGGUGGACAAUUCUAAAGAUAAGAUUCGAACUCCAUCCACUAUUAACCGCGGCUUAAGAAGGCGUGCACAGCCUCGCAGGGUGUUUGAGAAUGGGGAUCCCAGUACAUCUUUGCGAUUUAGGCCAUAUGUUUCUAGGGUUCCAUGGCAUACUGGCGUAAGAGGUUUUCUCUCUCAGCUAUUUCCAAGAUAUGGGCAUUAUUGUGGACCUAAUUGGUCAAGUGGGAAAGAUGGAGGAUCUCCUAUUUGGGACAAGCGGCCAAUUGAUUGGUUGGAUUUUUGUUGCUACUGCCAUGACAUUGGUUACGACAGUCACAAUCAGGCUGAUCUGCUGAAGGCUGAUUUAGCUUUUCUGGACUGCCUUGAGAGGCCAAAUAUGAGUACUAAAGGAGAUGCCCGCAUUGCUCACCUUUAUAAGACAAUGUGCACCACAGGUCUCAGGAAUUUACUUAUUCCGUACAGAACUCAUCUUUUGAAGCUGCAAGCAGGACAACCUUUGAUUCAAUUUGGAUGGCUAAGCAAUGUUAGAUGGAGAGUUUGGAAAUUUCAGAAAACUUGAAAGGGGUCAUGAGUUUUGAGAAGUGGUAGGUAACCAACAGUACUCAACUUCUCCGCAUUGAAACAGGUGGUCUUUUUAAGUACUUUAUCUCUGUUGAUGCUUUUCUGUGUUCCGGGUGGAAAAUAGCAAUGUUGAGUCUUAUUGGCUUUCAUCCAUAAUGGAUUUUAUGUAUAUAACUUUGUUGAGACUUUUGGUGGUGCUUGUCUAUCAUCCAUUAGAAUUCUCAUAUACCUUACCUUAACUCUACUAAUUGGGUUGUGUCCAUAAGUAAUGAACAAGGCAUGUUUCCUCUCUUUUA